AUGAACAUAGUUCGGAAACUUAAAUUAAUGAUACCCUGGAGUGUGUUGGUGUUUUAUUCACUUCUUCAGUUAUUUCAAGGUGUUUGUUCACAGGACUGUCUCAAUGGUGGCUUUUGCAGUGAGGAUGAUACAUGUGACUGCAGUGAACGUCAAGCUAAUGGAAGUCGUUGUCAGAUUGUUCCAAAUCUUGGCAAGGAUAGAGGAGGAAUAUGCAGAUCAUGGGGCCAAUACCACUUUGAAACCUUUGAUGGUCUCUAUUUUUAUUUUCCUGGAAAAUGCUCUUAUAUUCUUGCAAAAGAUUGUCGGACAACAGAGCCUCAGUACAUGGUGGAGAUCCACAACAGUAAUGAAUGUGCAUCUUCACACUAUUCUUGUUCAAGAUCUAUAAGCUUGUUUUUUCCAAAUGAAGAGAAAAUAACCAUCCUGGGUCAUUCGGUUACAAAAGGAGGAAUCAGAUUACCAUUGCCUCAGACUGUUAGGCAUGCAUUCUUUGAGAGGCUAGCUGACUACAUUCUUGUGAAGACAACAUUUGGAUUUUCCUUGGCAUGGGACGGAUUCUCUGGUGUUUAUAUGAAGCUUACAGAAGAGCAUAAAGGCAAACCUUGUGGUCUGUGUGGUAAUUACAAUGGAGAUAUGUCUGAUGAUCUCAAUGCAAGUUAUAGCAUGCUGACUGAAGACGUUGCUAUCUUUGGAAACAGCUGGAUGUCACAAUCACCUUAUGAAGCCCCAUGUGAAUCUGUCUCACUCGAUUUCCCUAGUCCAUGUCGAUACAAAGGAGCAAUAAUUAGUGAUAUCAUUGCAAAAUGUGACGUUCUAAUGGGUUUUCCCUUCUUUACUUGUCGUGAAUUUGUUCAGCCUAAUUCCUACAUUGCCAGUUGUAUUAAUGAUCUGUGCAUGAUUGAUGACAGUGAAACCCAUUGUCGUGCAAUAACAGAGUACGCCAGGGCAUGUUCUCAUGCAGGAUAUCCCUUAAUGGACUGGAGAGAUGAUUUUCCUGCUUGUACUGAUCAGUGUGAAGAUAGUUUUGUUCAUCGUGACUGUAUUAGUUGCUGCCCACCUACUUGCACGUUUGAAAAAGAAUGCUUAGGAAGUAGUCUGCAUUGCCUAGAUGGCUGCUAUUGCCCAGACGGACUUGUCAUGGAGAAUGGAACUUGUAUAUCUGUAUCUAACUGCCCGUGUAUAUACCAUGGCACAGUCUAUCCUAUAGGAUCUCAUUUACAGGAGGGCUGCAAUAUGUGCAUUUGCAGUGGUGGCGUUUGGAACUGUACAGACAAUGAUUGCCCAGCUGAAUGCUCAGUCACAGGAGACAUGCAUUUUACUACUUUUGAUGGUCGGAUUUUUACAUUUCUUGGCACAUGCCAGUACAUCUUUGCAAAGAGCCGCAGAAGUAACAAGUUCACUGUGACAUUACAGAAUGUGCCUUGUGGCCAGAAUCUGGACCACAGUUGCAUUCAGUCAGUAACCUUAGUGAUAGAAGGUGAUACAAGCAACCAAAUAACCCUAACGAGAGCAGGAGAAAUACACCUUGGCAUCCAUCAAGCAAUUGGUCUGCCAUAUAACAAUGGAAUAGUUGAAUGUCAUAGAUUAUCAUCCAUAUUUGUACAAGUGAAGACAAACAUUGGUCUCUCGAUGCGGUUUGACAAAGAAGGAGGAAGGCUGUAUCUCCAAGUUGAUAGCAGUUGGAGGGGAAACACUGUGGGCUUAUGUGGAACAUAUAAUGGAAACUUACGAGAUGACUUCCUCUCCCCUGUAGGUAUGAUUGAAGGUACUCCACAGUUACACGCCAAUGCAUGGAAGAUUUCAUCAGCUUGCGUAACUCCAUUAAAUAUUCCUUUGGUUGAUCCCUGUGAUACUAACCAACAGAAUGCUUUAUAUUCAUCAACAAUGUGUGAUAUUCUCAAUCAAGAACUCUUUGCACCAUGCCAUUCAUUUGUGAAUCCCAGCCCCUAUUAUCAACAGUGCCGAUAUGAUGCUUGCAAAUGUGGAAGUUUAUGCAUGUGUACAGCCCUUGCGCAUUAUGCUUAUCUUUGCACCAAAUACAAGGUCCAUAUCAAUUUCAGAUCGGAAGCGUCAGACUGUGGUAUCAUCUGCCCAGCUAACAUGUUGUACCAUACCUGUUCUUCUUCUUGUGGACGGACUUGCCAGUCACUUUCUAUAAAUGAAGUUUGUGGUGAUGAUUGUGCUGAAGGCUGCAACUGCCCAAAUGGAACAUUCUAUGAUGAAAUAUUGCAUCGCUGUGUGGCACAAUCUCGGUGCUCCUGUCACUUUAUGGGAGGAAUAUUUCAGGCAGGAGAGGUCACCUACAGUAACUCAGGACCAUGUCUGUGUAGGAAUGGAAGGGUAGGGUGUGCCCCUACAGAGCCAGAACCUGAACCUCGGGAGUGUCCUAACAAUAAGAGAUAUUUUGACUGUAGAGAUCCUCAGCCUGGCCUGCCUUGGACAGGAGCAGCAUGUGAAGUCACUUGUGAAAACCUUAUGAUGAAUAUUACCUGUUCACCCAUGACUCCGUGUAUUUCAGGUUGUGUUUGUCCUCCUGGGUUGAUUAAACAUGGUGGGGACUGUUUUUUGCCUGAAAAUUGUCCAUGCAGUUGGAAAGGUCAGGAAUAUUUUCCAGGAGAAGUGGUUUCUACAGUCUGUUACACCUGUGUUUGUCAGCGAGGAGUUUUCAACUGCACAUACCAACCAUGUCCUGCAGUGUGCACCAUCUACAGUGAUCGUCAUUAUCGUAGUUUUGAUGGGCUGGAGUAUGAUUAUGUCAGUGACUGUCAAGUAUAUCUGGUGAAGAGCACUGCCAGCUUGAAUGUUUCUAUAACCACUCAGAAUAUGGAUUGCUAUGACAGUGGAAUCAUUUGUAUGAAGUCCCUCAUGAUUUCUGUCGGAGGCACCCACCUUUACUUUAAUGACAAUUCUGGGAAGCCAAGUUUAUCUGGGGUAAGAAGAGAAGAAUAUGAUUUUCAGCUGUGGAAGGCAGGUUACUACUCAGUGGUACACUAUCCAGUACAAGAGAUUACAGUCUUUUGGGAUAAGAAGACAACUGUACAUAUUCAAGUUGGACCUCAGUGGCAAGGUAAGAUGACAGGUUUAUGUGGAAAUUUUGACAAAAAUACAGCAAAUGACAUGACUACAUCGAACAACAUGGAAGUGAGCAAUGCUCAAGCUUUUGGAGAUAGCUGGGCUCUUGGACAGUGUGUGAGUAGAAAUGGUAUAUCCAGGCCAUGUGAAGCAGAUUUAAUCAGGCAGCCGUUUGCGAAGAGAGAAUGUGCUAUUCUAUACAGUGAAGUUUUUGCUCCUUGUCAUAAUGUGGUUGACGUUACCUGGUUUUAUAAGAAUUGCCUUACAGACACGUGUAACUGUAACCGCGGUGGAGACUGUGAAUGUUUUUGUACCAGUGUUGCAGCUUAUGCACACACAUGCUGUCAGAAAGGAGUGACGAUCAAUUGGAGAUCACCUAGUGUUUGCCCUUUUGACUGUGAAUAUUACAAUCGAGAUCUUGGAGAAGGACCAUUUAUGUUCAUCAACUAUUUGUGCAAUGACACUGUUAUUGCAAACAAUAAGGUCACUGGAGACAUUGUACCUUUGCAAAUAGACAAAGCUGGACAGGAGAUUUUAAUGAAUUUCAUGAUUGCACCUGGACUGUACAAGGCAAAACAAUCAAAAUUGCCUGUUGUUUCCCUUGAGUCUGCUGAAAGACCAAAUUACUUCAUACACAUUGGUGAAAACGAUAACCUUCAUUUAGAGCAAUGGGAAGACAAUCAACGUUUCCACAAAGACGCCUCAUUCAUUCAUCACCAAAGCAACUGGAUCCCAGGCUAUAGUACCUUUGAAUUAUACAGCAGGAAGGGAUUUUUUAUCACACUGACACCAUCAGCUGUUAAAGUAGCUCAAUAUGACUAUUCUGAAUCAUUUAAACUUUCAAGCAGCUUUCGAAUUGAAGAAAGCAGCAAAGUUAUACCAUACAGGACAAUGUGUGAAUAUAGAUAUGAGGCCUGUGCCAGUCCUUGCUUCAAAACAUGCAGUGACCCUCGUGCAACAGCUUGCAAGUUUCUAUCACCGGUAGAAGGAUGUAUGGCACAUUGCCCAAAGAACAUGCUUCUUGAUGAAGUCACACACAGAUGUGUUCACCUGGAGGACUGUAUCAAUGUCACUACCACAGAUUUGCCUUAUCUGCAGCCGACAACCACAUCUGUGACAACAGCAGCAGCAUACAGUUCAUCCACGACACUAUUGACUCCAACAUCAGGACAACCAACAACUGCCAUUACAGACCAAUAUACAAGUGUGAAAUCAGCCCCGCUGACAGCUGCUCCAACAAUUACAACAGUCACCACAAUACCCCCUGUAGCUACCUCUGCAUUAACUUACACAACAUCUUCUACAUCGACAGAACCUUCAGUUUUAAGUUCUACAUGGGCUGCAACAACUUCUGUUGGGAGUACCAGAACAACAAGUGCCACAGCAGCAGUUACAAGCCAAUCUAGAACUCCCGUUUAUAUAACUGAAAAAAUGUUGCCUUCCACAAGUACAGCUUUAAGGAGUGCUUUUUCAACCAUAGCUACCAGCAACAGAUCUGAAGGGAUUAUUUACUCAACACAUGGUACAGUAUCUACUGCCCAGCCAGCAAAAUUAAAGACCCAAUACAGUACAUCCACUGGAAGUACUGAAAUCACAACACUGCAACGGACAACAGUGGGAAAGACGGAAACAUCAACGGAAGGGGUCGCGAAGCAUUCUGUUGCACCGUUGACAAUGACCAGAACUACCUUAACUCCAGCAAUAAGUGUCAUAACUGGGACAGAAAAAAGCAUACUGCUGACAGCAGUGACUUCCCCAGUUUCUGUCUCAGCUACAAGCAUUCAGGAGAAAACCACAUCAGAAGCAUCCUCUGCAUCACAGACUUUUCCUUCAAACCUGACAUCACCUACAUCUGCAGCUACAAUGAGUCCUCAACCAGAAACUGCAUUUACGUUUGGUAUCUCAACUGCACCCUCUUAUUCUCAAACUGCAGCCCCAUCAGUGACACCACCACAAUGCAUAUGCCCUUUUAACAUGACACAGCCAAGUUGUGGAUUUCUGGGAAUGCCUGUCCAAGUGAACAAUGACAGGUGCUGUCCGCAGUGGGAGUGCCCAUGUCGCUGCUCAAUGUUUUCUGACCUGCACAUCAUCACAUUUGAUGGCAAUGAUGUGGGAGUAUAUGAUGCUGCAGCCUAUGUACUGACUCUGUUACUGCAAGAAACUAUUGUUGCUCAUAUUGAACAGUGUCCUACCCGUGAGAGUGCAAAUUCUAUAAGACGUCCAGUGCCUGGAGGAAAUUCUGGGUUGUGCUUUAAAAAGUUGAAUAUAACCUCACGUAACCAUAAAGUUCUCAUUGAUCGGCUGGAAAGACUGACAACAGUGAACUCUAGACCUGCUCGACUGCCGUUUACAAAAUUAGGCUUCCAUAUACAGGACACAGGAGCAAUGUACCUGAUCACAACCCCAGCUGGUGUUACUAUUCAGUGGUAUCGCAGCACAGGCAUCAUUGUGUUAGAAUUUGGUUUGCCUUCCAAUAGAACGAUAGGAACUAAAGGCUUGUGUGGCUGCUGUAAUGGCAGUCCUGCUGACGAUCUCAAGCUACCAAAUGGAACUAUUGUCACAGAAGUGGAAAAUAUAGGUCUUUUCCUUGAAAGUUGGAUGGUUGAAACAUCCGGUCUAGAGACUGAUUGCUUUAGAUGCCGAAAACAGAACUGCACGACUGGUAAUUGUACUGCUUGUUUUGAUAUGUUGAAUCAGAAUCCUUGGACCCUGUGUCAUCAACAUGUUACUCCAGAAAUAUUUUGUGAGCUGUGGAUUAGGGAUUUUCACUAUGUGACACAUCAGUGUGAUGCUUUGGCUUUAUAUGCAGCAGCUUGUAAUAAAUACAAUGUUUGCAUUCCGUGGAGGACUCCAGAAUUUUGUCCACUUAGCUGCCCAAUAGGCAUGGAAUACCAACCUUGUGUGCCAGCCUGUGAAAGUAAAACAUGUCAAAACAAAGACUUCUAUUUGGAGUAUGACCCAACUUGUUCAUUUAUUAGUGAGAGUUGUGUUUGUCCUCGAGGAACUCUGCUGCAUCAACCAGACUCCAACUACUGUGUUAGAGAGGAACAAUGUGCUUGCACAGAUAAUGAAGGCCUGCCACGGUCAGCAGGUGAGACCUGGAAUGGAUCGCAUAAAGGAUGCUGUAUGUACAAGUGUUUGGAGAAUGGAACUAUUGUUUCCAUGGAACCUGAAUGUGGUGAAGUAUCAUCACCAAUCUGUGAACGAGAGGGAGAGAUAAUUAUUGAUGUCAUCGAGGAGGGAGCAUGCUGUCCAAAGAAGAUUUGUGAGUGCAAUUUGACCAUCUGCGGAACCGACGUUCUAACAUGUGAAAAUGGAGAUAAGUUGGUGAUAGGCUACAGCGGCGUGUCUUGUUGUCCUGAAUACCGAUGUGAAUGUGACCCUCUGGCAUGUCCAACUAGUUCACCUCCAGUAUGUAGAGAGGACCAGUUUCUUGUUGAAGUACGAAAAGAUGACUACUGCUGUUUCUCCUUUCAGUGUGUGUGUGAGUCGUGCAUUGACCCAAUUCCUGUGUGCAAUGAGGGAGAUGUUCUUGCAGUAGACCUCAACACCACUGAUCGCUGUUGUCCACUAUACCACUGUGUCUGCGAUGAAAAUUUGUGUCCUCCCCCUGACAAGACCUGUACGGAUGGAACUAAACUAGUAAAGAAACCUAUUUCAGGAAUCUGUUGUCCUGAUUGGCAAUGUGACUGCAACUGUGAAAACACUACCAAUAUUUCAUGUAAAGUGGGAGAAGUUCUAACAGAGGAUCCUGACUUUCAAAAUGUCUGUGGCUGUACUCGUUCUAUCUGCAAAAAAGCUGAUGUCUGCCUGUUCCAAGGUGUCACUGCAUUGAAACCAGGCCAAUCACUGUUGCAGCAACUCGAAGGUGACCAAUGUUACAUAGCAAAUUGUUUGCAGAACUCAGAUCCUGCCACAGAGUUACCUUCAAUCGAAGUGUCAAUAGUUAACUGUUCGGCAAAAUGUGCAGCUCAUCAAGUCUAUGUUCCUUCUUCCGAUCCUCAUGUUUGCUGUGGAAACUGUAAGAAUAUCUCAUGCACUUUUGAGGAAGAAGGGAACAUUGAUCUGCAUAAUGCAGGAACAUCUUGGGUAGCUAAAUGCAUCAGAUAUGAGUGCCUAGAGACUACUGUUGGAGUUGUGAUGCUUGGCUCUGGAGUUGUCUGCCCACCAUUUAAUGAGACUGACUGCAUACAGAAAGGGGGAGUUGUAAAGCUUUACAUGGACGGUUGCUGCAAGACUUGCAAAGAAGAUACAAGGCCUUGCCGGAAGUUAGAUGUUAAAAUGAUCAUAAGAAAAGAUGACUGCCGCACCACUGGCGCUGUUAUUGUGGCUUCUUGUGAUGGUAAGUGCCCAUCUGCAAUGAUAUUCAACACUAAUAUUAACAGCUAUGCAAGAUUCUGCAAGUGCUGUAGAGAAGUUCAGCUCACCGUUCAGACCGUGCCACUUUUCUGUGCCGGCAAUGCCACUUGGAUUGACUUUACGUUUCAAGAGCCAACAGACUGUUCCUGUCAAUGGAACUAA